GUCUCUGACCCACCAAAUGAUCCAUUGACGAUACCGGUAGCAUCACGAUGAUUCAUCGCCACAGUCCUUCCGCUCGCAAUGGUAUCCCCACAUUGAUCAUGGCAAUCUUUUGCUGGCUUGUUUUCGUUACGUGGGCUGUUGUUGAGGCAGUCAAUCCAUCUGAAGACGAGGCAAGAAGUUCCGGUGGUUUGGGUGAUUCGAGUCUUCCACUGGCAGUAUCCUUGUAUCUAGAGAGCCCCGAGACUGCCAUUGAACUGUGGGGUCCAAUAUCCGACUGGGAUACUCAGCAUGUUACCACUUUGGAUCGCUUGUUCGAAGGAGCCAUCAACUUUGACGAGGAUCUCAGUCAAUGGAACACGGACAAAGUGACCAGCAUGGAAUAUACGUUUGCCGGCGCCGCACACUUUAACCAGCCUCUCAACACUUGGAAUGUCGCCAAAGUCAGCUCCUUGUUUGGAACCUUCAAUGGCGCUUCAACCUUCAAUCAGAAUCUUAACAAAUGGGAUACCUCAAAAGUCACCGAUAUGGGAUCCACUUUCAAGGGAGCUUCCGAGUUUGAUGGGUCUUUGAACGGCUGGAACACGACCUCUGUGAGAAACAUGGAACGCAUGUUCUAUGGGGCUUCCUUCUUUACCGAUCAGCGUAACUCGCUCAAGAAAUGGGAUGUCACCUCUGUCACUACCAUGCACAGUAUGUUUUCAGGCGCAACGGCAUUUGCAGGUGAUAUUACAACCUGGAAACCCUGGUCGGUGACAAGCUUCAUGGGCAUGUUUGCUUACACGGCAUCCUUUGAUCAGGACUUGAGUGGCUGGGAUGUGUCCAGCGCCAUUUUUAUGGAUCGCAUGUUCUAUCGGGCUGUCGCCUUUGAGAGUGAAAUUUGCUGGGAUGACUCCAUUUCAGACGGUGUCUCGGGUAGCGAAAUCUUCUGCGGUAGCUCUGGAGAGUUUACUCUUGAGUGUGUCGUUAUACCAUCCGGCUCGGAAGAUUAUUGUCCCGAAACCUAUGACGAGUUUGAGGAGGAUGAAGAAUUGAGGGACGGCCUCACACAACAGCGAGAACAAGAGACUCAGAGUCAAGAAGCAGCGAUACCUGUAGGAGACGGGAAUUCACCAGGUUAUGGUGGAUCAGGAGGCAUUGGAGCAUUAAAUCCUGGAGGCAUGGGACGAGAUCAUCCCGAAUACACAGCCAAUUUGAAUGGCUGGCAAAACAGUCCAACAACGACAACAACAGAGGAACAAGAAGGAGAAGAAGUCGUACCAGCAGCUGCUGAAGAUAAUCCCGGCGGUGCCCCUCUUGACAUUAAUACGGAUAAUGCCGACAGUGCCAAUCCUCAUGAUCAACCAUUCUCGGGCAAUUCCUACCCAGAAUCGGUUGUUUUGGUUGUUGAGGAAUCCUCUGCCAGUGCGUUUGCAAUGACGAGCAUCGCAUCAAUAUCAACAGUUACUGUGCUGGUGGCAUCCCUUUUCCUUGUCUUCACAUAA